GUCGCUUCUCGGCCUUUUGGCUAAGACAGCGGUCCCCUCCUUUGGGUGGUGAUAGCGGUAGUCUUUGUGACUUGGCUGUUGCCACUGAUUUAGAGGUUCAGUAAAUCUUGUCCCCGGUUGAGAUAUUGACCACUAAGUAGUGGAAAAUAUCUUUUACCUUUUAUUUGUAUUUAUUGGUGUUUAUUAACUAUUUAUUGUUUUUAGUAAAGGUUUUAAACCUUUAACUGGUGGUGCCUCCACCAUGGCGGCUAGCCAUGCCGGCAUGCGGAGGCACCACAGUGUUCGUUUUUUAUUUAAGGAAAGAGAAGAAGAAAAUAGAAUAACGAGAUUUGACUUUUCCAGGAAGCUAAUUCAGCAGGUGCUGAAGUUUCGGCCAGAUGACCUGAAUUGUAUCCUUACCCUGCCUUUCAAUAAGGGAUAUGACGUAAGUUUUUGCUCUGCCGCACUUCUUAAGGAGUUUUGGACACGGUUUGAAAAUGCUAAGACCCAGUUUUCAGUAUUUGACGUCGAGAAACUGACUGACAACUCCCUGAAAACGGUGAUUGUCAGGAUGUUCAAUGAGACUGUCAGUGCUGUGGACAUCUGUAUGUGGCUGGGUAGACACUGCACUGUGAGAGGCCAGGCUAUGAAGGUGCGGGAUGUGGACGGCAUCUGGAACUGUGCUUGGCGGGUCCCCAUUAAACAAUGGGAAGACCCCCAAGGCUUCCAGGGCCUGAAGCAUCUCCCCUCAAUGAUAGUCCUGGGGGAGAACAGGGGCUACAUUCACUAUCAAGGCCAACCCAAACUGUGUCGGAAGUGUGGCGAGCAUGGUCAUCUGGCCGAAACUUGUGAAAAAGUAUUCUGUGGAAAAUGUCGAGAAGUGGGACACACGUUUGAUGAAUGUACGAACGGGCGGAAAUGUAAUUUGUGUGGUGGACAGGAUCAUUUGUUCAGAGACUGUCCAAAAUCGUUUGCGAAUAAAUUGAAAAAAGGAAAAGAGACGCUAACGGAAACGGUUAAUGAGCAAGUGGAAGCAGCUGGGUCGGAAAUUUCAAAUCUCCCACCAGGUCCUCUGAUUGGAGGAGAGGAGGAGAGGGCGGGAAGCGGGGAGGGGAACGAAGCCCCCCCCCCAGACCGAAACAUCCAGUGAGGGGGGGGAGAUGCUAACCGAAGGCGGAGCUAGCUCGGACUCUGAGGAAGAACAGACGGACAGCAGCGAUGAUGCCCCCCUCCCCGACGCCCAGCUGGCUAAGAGGCCGGCAUCUGAGUCACCUCCCGACCUUACCCCCAAGGUAGGGAAGAGAGGAAGGCUGGAGGAACUCUUCGGUUCUUUCGGAGAGGAAUCCAGAGCCUUCCUCGCUGGCUCAUCCAAUGAGGUCUCGUUCCUAGACUUUGCUCACCAAUCAACCCCGAAGGACCCAAACAAGGGCCGGGAACCAGUGACUCCAGUGCGCGGCCUCCUGUAUGGAGACGCCUCCACCGUUUGGCGCAACGUGAGCCAUCCCGUCCUUUCAAACAGACUCCAGGACCUGUCAUGGAUGGUGGCUCAUGGGAUCCUGCCAGUCAGAGCCGUUAUGCACUCCCGCGGCAUGUCUGCAACGUCCAUCUGCCCCCGACCCGGUUGUGGCGCGCCGGAGUCGGUGAGGCACCUGCUGUGGGAGUGCAGCGCUGCUGUGGACCUGUGGGCAAAAGCCGGCUCCUUGCAAUUCCCACACUUGCCAGCAAGGGAGGUCCUCCAUGGGCAGCUAGUGCUGUACGGGGUGAGCCAGCAGAAAAUAACGAAAAAGGACUUUGCUGAGAUCUGGCUCACCCUAGCCACCAUCAAAGACGCCAUUUGGACCUCCAGAAACUUGCUGGUGAGCAGGCGCAGGCAGAUGCCCCCCGUGGCUGUGAUCCGGAUGGCGGCAGCAACAAGAGGAACAUCAAGGGCUGCGGGUGGCGCGCCAAGGACACAGCCACCAAGAAGAAUCGCCUGCGCCUCCGUGGACGAAGGAGCCGGCGCUCCACGAACAGAGGUCCAAGCAGCGGCGGCCUGGCUCUCCGGGUGAGGCAGGAGGGAAGGAGCUUCAGGGCAGGUUUCCCCUCUGAGCACCAGCGCUGUUUGGAAGGACGGGACGGCUCCGGACUUGGGAAGGGGUCACCCCGGUCCUGCUCAACUUUUAACGCACAGAGAUUUUGUGUUUUAUAUUCUUGUUCUUAGCUUCUUUUAGUCUGAACUGAUGAUUUUGUAAGUUAUUGAAAAUUUCUGUAUAACUGAAAUAAUGUAAUUUUUUAAAUGCUUACAGUAACAAUAAAUACUU